AUGGCGGAGGCCGCAGCCAGCGUCACCAGGCGGGGUGAGAGCUCGCCACACGGCGUCUCGGCCGCUCCCGGGCCCCCGAGCACCGAGGGCCGGGGCGCGGCCUCUCCCGGUCCCCCCGGCUGCUUCCUUCCCCGGAGCCCCGCGCCUUCCAUCCGGGGAACUCCGGGGACGAGUGCGCGGCGCCCGGGGCGGGGCGGUGCUGAAGUCCCGGGAACCAGCCGGAGAACACACCCAGUUCGAUCCUUCGGUACAGAAGACAGACCAACAGACCGUCCAAUACCACCUCGAGAUGAAGUCUUUGAGUAUAUUAUAUUCCGGGGGAGUGAUAUCAAAGACCUCACUGUUUGUGAGCCACCAAAGCCACAGUGUUCUUUGCCUCAGGACCCAGCUAUUGUUCAGUCCUCACUAGGUUCAUCAUCUUCUUCAUUCCAAUCUGUGGGUUCCUAUGGACCUUUUGGCAGGAUGCCAGCAUACAGUCAGUUCAGUCCAAGCACCUUGGUUGGACAGCAGUUUGGCACCGUUGGUGUUGCUGGGAGCUCCUUGACAUCCUUUGGAACAGAAGCAUCAAAUAGCAGUACCUUAUCCCAGAGCAGCACAGUUGGUUCUGCCUUCACACAGGAUACAAGAUCUGUAAAACCACAGCUAGCCCAAGGUCGAUCAAGCCCUCAGUUAGACCCUUUGAGAAAAAGUCCAACCAUGGAACAAGCAGUACAGACCGCCUCGGCCCACUUACCUGCUCCAGCACCUGUUGGGAGAAGGAGCCCUGUACCAACCAGGCCUUUGCCAUCUACCAGCCAGAAAGCAAUAGACAACCAAGAGCACAGGCGAGCUGAAGUACACAAAGUCCCAAGGCCAGAAAAUGAGCAGCUCAGAAAUGAUAGCAAGAGGCAAGUAGUUCCAGGUGUUCCUUCUGCUCCAAGGAGAGGACGUGGGGGACAUCGAGGUGGCAGGGGAAGAUUUGGUAUCCGUCGAGAUGGUCCAAUGAAAUUUGAGAAAGACUUUGACUUUGAAAGUGCAAAUGCACAAUUUAACAAGGAGGAAAUCGACAGAGAGUUUCAUAAUAAACUUAAAUUAAAAGAAGAUAAACUUGAGAAACAGGAGAAACCUGUAAACGGUGAAGACAAAGGAGACUCCGGAGUUGAUACUCAAAACAGUGAAGGGAAUGCUGAUGAGGAAGAUCCUCUCGGACCCAACUGCUAUUACGACAAAACUAAAUCCUUCUUUGACAAUAUUUCUUGUGAUGACAAUAGAGAAAGGAGACCAACUUGGGCUGAAGAAAGAAGGCUAAAUGCUGAAACAUUUGGAAUCCCGCUUCGUCCAAAUCGCGGCCGUGGGGGCUACCGAGGCAGAGGAAGCCUUGGCUUCCGUGGUGGCAGAGGACGUGGCAGUGGCCGAGGAGGGACUUUCACUGCCCCUCGAGGAUUUCGUGGUGGAUUCAGAGGUGGUCGUGGGGGCAGGGAGUUUGCAGAUUUUGAAUAUAGGAAAGACAACAGAGUUGCUGCAUAGUCUACAAACAAGUCUUUGAAAAUAGGUGACUCCUAGCUCUUCGUGGUCCUGGAAAGUGGUUUCGGUCUUUGUGAAGAAUGAAGAAGUCAAGUUGCUGUCUGUCUGUCACCAGCACUGGGUUUUGUCUGUCUGUUUUUCUGCUUCAUUUCAAAGCGACACUCAGUUGCUUUGGGGCAGGAAGGCUUGUCUUAAAACAUGAGCAUAAGUGUAUGUGGAGUAGCAGAAGGUUGUAAUCCUUGCUUAGAGUCGAAUGAACUACAGUGAGCUGAAUGGAACUGCUAAGUAUUUUUUCAUCACUGAAAGGAUUUUUCUUAUCACUAAUUAAUUGUAUUUGGUGAUUACUUCGAGUUGCCUGCAGAUAGGCCGUGAUACUGUGUUUUGAGCCACAGAAGGUUUUGUGUUUGUGUGUGUGUGGUGUGUGUGUGUGUGUGUGUGUAUGUGUGUGUGUGUGUGUGUGUGUGUGUGUGUGUGUAUCUUUUUCUUUUUGGAGAUCCUAUAAUAUGAGGUAGCUUAUUUCGACACUUAAUUAGGGUGCUGGAUGGUAGAGAAUUUUGUCAGUCAACUAUGUACACACAGGUAAAUACUGUUUCUUAGGCAAAGGUAACUUUUUUAUAUAGUUGUAAAAUUCCAUUAUAUUCCAUUGCCAAAGAAACAUUUAAGAACUUUGUAUAGCUGUAUAAAAAGCAACUAAUUUUUUAAAGAAUAAACGUUUAAAGUCAGCAAACAUACGUGUCCUUGCUGAAGUCGGUGUGCUGAGGAACAGGGCUAUGGGUGGGUCCUUUCCACUUGCUUUUCAGGCUGAAGGUUUUUGAUUUCUUUUUUAAUGUUUGGAACACAAAUGAAGAUUUGAUAACUUUAUUCCAUUAUCUAAAAAGGAUAAAUUAUUCAUGCAUAGUAUAUGGACUUCAUUUUGUAGCAGAUCACAGGAUUUGUCCAAAUAAACAGAUAUUUUCAGUGUAUGAAUGUAAAUAAUCAUAGACGAGAAUGUACCUCGCUGUAUUUUCAAAUAAGUAACCCUCCCCCUUUUUAAGACAUGAAAACUAGGCAUCAGUGGACCUGUUCCUCCUGCCGUGCCUGGAACUCUGUUGUGCUGACACUGACUCGUGUGUUACUUCAAGAAGAUGGAGUUUUCAGAAUCGUCCGGCACCUGUAAAACAUCACUAACACAGUCUGGGCCCGUGACCCACUGAAGACUCCGUGUACACGUUUGUUGCUAACUGUAAAUUACUAAUAAAUCUUUUUUGAUAUUUAAGCUAUAGUGAAAAAGAUCUGGCCACUUUGUGUUUUUAACGAAGGCCAUGGAAUAAAGGGAUCCAAAGAUUUAA